AUGAGUUCUCCAUCAUCUCCUGGUUAUUUGCCGCAGUAUCUCCUUGGCGGCAAUUCGCCGGCUGCUUCGGUAUGUUAGAUUCAAGAGUAACUUAAAUCUUUGAUCGAUUCAUUGCUGUUUUGUUAAUGAUCCCUGAUCACUUAGAUUUUGUUUGUAUGUACCUCUCUAAGAAAAAUAUUCGUUUAUUCUUGAGUUGUUCAUUAUCAUUUGUAAUUUGUUUAAAUUUGGCGCCAUAUUUUACGUAUUAAUGCUACUUACUACCAACAAACUCUUGCCUUUGACUACCCUUUUGAUUUAUUAAUUUUCAAGGCGAUUUGUGAUAAAAUUUCCUCAUCAAUUUCCUUGUCCUAGGAUGAUAAAUUGAAUGAACGAUGGUGUCAUUUGGUGAAAGACAGACAUGCACAGAGAAAAAGAACUCCAAAUACAGCAUAUCAUUUAGAACCUAGUAACUUAGUGAGAGAUCUCUUGUUAAUAAUUUACCAAUAGGCUGCUUAACCCUGAUAAUAAUGCACAUGAAAAAAUUACCUGCUUCUGAUUGGCUUAAAAUGAGGUCAUUCUCAUGUGACCCAAGUGCAAAGUUGUAGCAUGAGUGCAAGGUGGUAAUAUGAGUGCAAAUUACAAAGAGCGUGCAGAUGCUUUCAAAAUUUCGUCUGUCUUGACUUUCCGUGAUGUUUUUUUUCAUGUACAUUAUUAACAAGGAGUAACUUGAUUUCGAAUGUAAUUUGGUGUUGAUAAGCACAAGGUGAUUUUUCAAAGACAACAAAAUUCUAUGAGCCCAAAGGGUGAGAGCAAUUUGCAAGUCAUGUCAUCACCUAUUCUAAAUUCCAUGGGCAUUUUACUUAGUUUUGUUUGUUUUCACAGCCCUUCCCAAGAGCAAGACCUUUGGGCUCUUCUAUAGGAUCAUACAAUGGAAGCCCUGGUCAGGCAGGAACAUUCUCAUCACCACGACAGUACCAGCAUCAAUUUGGAACACCACUUAGAUCCCAAGGACUUGGAAACAAAUUAGACAGGACACCUGCAAGGUUAUAUACUGCCUUAAAUAAUGUACAGGCCCAAAAUAUAAUUGAGAAUAUAAUUCCAGCAAUUUUAUUUUCCCGCCAUACAACCACAAACACUGUACUAACCAGGUUGGAGAAAAUGGGAAGGAAGCCCCAAAAAACCAUAGGACUUAUAAAGUAUGGGCUUUCAUAACUAAUAGUGGAGCUCGCAGAGUGUAGCCCCAUAACUAUACAAAAUACUAGUAACCCAUCAAGCCGAAAAAAUUUGGUUGUAUGACUGUACGACUGUAUGACCGUACAAGGUGCUACUUUUAACAUGCAUGGUCAAGUGUACUGCGGGCACGCCAAUGCCACGGCUUUGUCCAGUAGUCCAGUGGUCAGUGCACUGGGCUCCAAGUCGGAUGACCUGGGUUCUAGUCCUGGCCGGGGCAAGGCAUUGUGCCCUUGAGACGUGCAGGAAAAAAAAAAUGUGAGCUCCGCUUUUAGGCUUGGCUAAAUCUAUAUGUAUUAGUAUGUUACUUACAGUGAUGGAGGGACAGGGAUGAAAUAGGUAGACUAAUGAAAUGAAAAUAAGUACAAGUAAUAAUUUAAUAGGGAGUGCAAUUUGGUCUAAAUGAGCACAAGUAAAUAUAUCAAAAGCAACAAAAUUGCACAAAAAAAAUGAAAAAUACAAGUGCUUAUUUACAUCAAACUGCAUGAGAAAUCAUGUUGUUACUUGUUAAUACUUUCAUGUAAAAUGCAUCACAGAUAGUCAAGAGUGACAAAAUUUUGGCAGUGCACACAUGCUAUAUGUGCACAUGUUACCACUAAUUUUCAGCUAAUCAGACAGGCUUUUUUUUUUCAUGUAUAUUAUUACAAACCAAAUAAAAACAGAACAAAGUAAAACAAAUACCUCACAUCUUGCAGCCAUACUGUGGCUAAUUUUCUCUUUUCCUCUCUUUGAGCCAAAUAUAUAUGAAAAAUCAUGCAUUUUGCCUGUUUUGCAAAUACCUUAUUUCUGUCUUUUUAUUUAGAUCAGCUACUGUGGAUUGUACUCCAAAAGAUUCCAUCAGUGCACCUCCUGUUGAAGGACUUUACGAUGCGAGAAGUUCAGAUUUCACCAAUUCUCCUUUCAACAGAGAACAGGUAACUAUGGCCACUGUACUACAGAAAAAAAGGUGAAAGAUGAAGUGUGUUGUUCAGCCAAGUUUCCCCCCCCCCCAAGCUGGAACUUAUCCCAAUUUCCUUAGCAUGAAGUGACUACAAGUAUCACUGCUCCCUUCUCAAAAUGUGGUAAAAACAAAAAUGCAUAUACGAUUUUGCAGCCAAGUGUGUCACAGAUAUUCUUACCAUACUUUGUAGCCUUCUUUGAUCUAUUACUUUACUGUACAUACUCAUGGCAACAUGCAAUCUAUUUGUGUUAUAUUGUUAUCUUAUAAAAAAAAAAGCAAAUGCUGAUGUCAUCUAUGCAUCUUAGUAUUAUUUUGUUGAAUGAUGAAAUAAUCUCCUGCGCCUUUUGCUCUGGUGGAAUAUCACUUGAUCAUUUGCCAAGUAGUGACCCUUUACACCCUAACAUCAGUUAGCGUUGGGUCGUCAUGUUCAUUUGUUUGUAGUGGAUGAUAUACUGUCAAAACUAAAAGGUUUUUUGUUUAACAAAGGAAAAGUAAAAGAAGUAAUCGUUCGAAUAGGGAGUUCUUUUCAUUUUCAUUGAGAAAGAUUUGUUCCUUUCUUCAAGUAUGAAUAGUGAUUGUGUUCACAAGCGUUUCGAUCUAGUUGAAGUUAUUAUGUAAAUAAAUGUCUAACUUCUCGCCGUUGGAUCCUAUUGAAAGUGACAUGUGAAGGUGAAAUGUUUUAUCAGUAUUAAUUAGUAUACCUUUUAUAUUGAUGUUUCUCACUUAUAAUUAUUGUGCGAAAUGACCGCUAAGAAUUGUGCGAACGGUCCAAAACUUGUGCUAAAAGACUUGUGCGGAAAUUCUUUUGUGCGAAAUGUCCUGUAUUCAUAUUCUCCUGUUUACUGUUUCCACACAUUUUCUAAGGUACUGACAAGGAGAAUUUGUUUAUCAAUGGAGAUAAUUUUUAGUUGGUGAUCAUUUCCAUUAUUCCCAUGACCUUUCUGCAUGAUGCAGGGGUUAUACUGUCAGGAGAAAUUAUAUGCUAGUCACUUUCAGAAGUUAAAAAUUCUGUUUAUACAGCUAAUAGAAUUGACAAUGAAUAUUGAACAAGGUGAUCCUAAGCCUGGAAACAUACACAACUGUCUUGAAAUUUCUGAACAAUUUGGAAAUAAGAAUCCAAUUUGCUUCACUCAUCUCUGAUUACAUCUGCUGAUUAUGAUUUAUUCUACAGCAAAUGGAUGUGACCAUGGCCACUGCUGUUAUGACAUCUGUUAGAAAGAGUUCUGGAUAUUCUACCCCAGGUGGUAAUGCCACAAUGUCUGGUGUAGAUUCACAACAUUUCAGUCCUCAGCAUGGCCCAUUGUCUUCACCAACACAGAUUGAUCCAUUCUACACUCAAGGGUUAGUGAACUUUUAUAAAUUAUAGACAUUUUUAUCUAACAAAUCCACAGUGGUUUAGCAUGGUCUGUACUCUGAUCGUGAAAGAUAUUUGUCAUCACAGUGGUCAAAGUGUUGUGAACCCAUGGCGCGCUGCCAUUGCGUGACACAUUGAUGUGUGCGGUUUUGUCUGUACUCUUACUGACAACAGUGAAUUGGUCUAUCAGAUUGCGACAUUACUGCCAAUUGUGAUAAAAUAAGAUAUUCUUACACAUUUUAUGUGAUCAAUGUGAAAUGUGAUACCUUGUAUAUGGAUGUGAUGUGGCAAAGGGGUUCAUGAUGCUGGAUUUUGUGGGUGGUUAUUCAAGGAAAUAUGGUGAUUAUUUUACCCUUAUCUGAUACUGAAGUACAGACAGAGUAAGUUGAAGACAAAUCAGAUGGAAAGUCUACCCACAAGAAUUUUAAACAAAAUUGAGUACAAUUUGGUGACAUGUAUUUUAGGAUGGCGAUAUCAAGUGAUGACAUACUAGAUGAAUGCUGGGUAACAGUAUUUGGGUAAGAUAUAUCUAUUGCUUAAUGUAGUAAUUUUUUUUUAAAUAAUCCCAAUAUAAAAGAUUAUAAGUUAACAAACAUUUUCUUAAUUUUUGUAGAUAAAUUUGUUUUAAUUUUUUGGUAAUCUUGUUCCUAAUUAUUCAUUUGUUUAUUUAUUAUUAUUAUUAUCUAUUUAUUAUUUUUUAUUUGUUAUUGUUUUUAAAUCAGUUUCCCACCAGCUGCUUCUUCAUUUAUCCUGCAACAAUUUUCUCAGUAUGGUAACAUCAUGAAAAGUGUGGUAAGUUUUGCUGAGGUUGCUGUUAGUAUGACUUUCAGAUCAUCACAGGGAUCAAAAACAGUUCCUUUCAAGAGCAAUUAAGGUCUGAAAACCUGAAAAGUUAUUUGACAUAGUUAAUGUAGAUUGGGAAGAAUGUUACCCAAAUGUUUGAUUUAUGUUACAAGUAAAGGGGAGAAACUUUAUAUUUAAAGGUUACUGAGGUUCACCUUGGUAACCUAAACAAGAAAUUACUAAAGAAAUUUAGACUUUUUUUGAAAUGUAACGCAGCAACAAUCAGUAUUUUGCUGAUAUAAAAUUGGAAUUGAGUGAGAAAAAUACCAAAUCGUGUUCAUAGCAGCAGCACUUAAAACAGAACAAGAGGUUGAGUCUAUUGUAAAAUACAAGUAGUUAACCAUUUACCUCCCAUUAGUGACCAAGACAGGAUUUUUCCUUACAAUAUCAAUACAAUAUCAAUACAAUAUCAACCAGAUAAUUGAUGAGAAAAAAGAAAAAUAUUAAUGUGGGGAUGAUUAGUUGAUCCAAUACUAAAUUCUUUGAACUCACAUUAUAACAAGUGUAUGGUUGACAGUAAGGAGAAGUACAAAUUUGAUCUGGGAGUUAAAAGAGUUAUUAGCUUUCACUUAGAAGAUCCAAAUUGAAGGUCGGGUCAAUUUUGUUCCUUUCCAGAAUUGAACUACUUAUGAAAUAAUAGAUGCAUGUAAAUAGUGCAUUUGAUGUGAUAGUAUUUUAAAACUAACUAUCAUGAUUCCAAAAUUUUGUUUAGACAUCCAAAGGGAACUGGUUGCAUCUUCAGUAUCAGUCAAAACUUCAAGCCAAAAAGGUGAGUAAAAUAAAAAACUAUGGAUAAGAUUCUUAAGUUAUCUAACCAUUUACAGCUGCAUGGCACACAUCAGGCACAGCUACUUCCCAAGAAGCAACUUGUUUCAAAUGGUAAGACCUUCUUUUUACACUUAUUUGGAUAAAUUUUCCUGCAAAAGCAAAGCUUUUUCAAUAAAUCUCCAAAGAAGAUGAAAGUAAAAAAGAACUUUGCAUUUUGGAAUAGACGCAAAGCAUUUUAAAAACUGAUCUUUUUGAAAAUGCAGAUCAAAAUAGCUAAUCUUUACAUUUUUUCAGUGUACUCGUUGAACCCUGGAAUAUUUAUUUCAUCUACUUUUUUCCCUCAUUAUAACUUAUGCCAUACCUCUCAUGAAAAAACCUGAUGAUAGCCUGUGUUUGUUUGAAGUGUAGAAAAUGACUUUUACAGCAUAAAAUUACACAAUAAGAUCUGACUAAUGACUGGAAAUAUAUGAAAAUUUUGUUAGCUCAGUUGGUAUAGCGCUGCACUGGUAUUACAGAGGUCAUGAGUUCAAAUCCUGUAUGGGCAUGAAUUUUUUUUCAGGUCUCAUUUCAACUACUUGUUCAGUAGCAUUCAUAGCUGCAAGGAUUACUUAUAUCUAAACAUCUGACUAUUUGUUUUCUUCAGGCUCUCAGUAAAAAUGGAAAGAUUUAUGGCAGUAACAUUAUGGUUGGUGUCAUGCCUUGUAUUGAGAAGGUAAGAUUUGGUGUUUACAGCAUUUUACAGAUCAACCACUGCCAAGUCCAGAUAAAUUGUACAUUAAAUUUACUAUUUUAGGUCCAGCUUCUGUUCCCUGAGGGGCUGGCAGUUUCUAAAAGGGUUAUAUCCAGCAUUAAGCAUCAGGUUCAGCUGGUGGGUCAAAUCCUCUGAUUGGAUCUUUUUUCGGUGGAGGAGUGGAAGGGUGGGGGGGGGGGGGGUAGGGGUUUGGGAAGUGUUAUAAAUUUAAAAAUACCACCCCCUACAUCUCACAGAUCUUAAAUGAUCAGUCCUUGAAUUUCUCUGUCAUUGAGCGUUUAGAAAGGAUGUUGCAUUGAGUGUAAUCUUCAUUCAGCAGCUCUUUGAACUUUGACUCAUAAGAAAUGCAGCACAUCUUAACACUUGCUACAUUUUUUACUGUUAAAGAGUGUGAUGGAAACCUUUGGGAAAGAGAAUAUGAGCACACCAUUAUCAUCAAACAGGAAUGAAACCAUGAUGACAUCUCCAACAGCGAGUAAACCUGUUCCAGUGCGACCAUUGACUGCCGCUUACCAAGCAGCUCGAAGUGACCAUCAGGUAAUCUGAGUGAAGUCUUUAUAUGAGACAAACUUUACUUGAAACAGAAUCACAAGUUAAUAGCCAGGUUUCUUUAAUUACAUUUAAAAUAGUGAAGCCAGUUGCUAAAAUUUUAAGCUUACUUGUAAGAAAUUUGUAGUUUUUUUGUUGUUUUUUUCUUAUGGCAGUGACAUAUUAUUUUGUUUCUGGAGCAUAUGUCUCUUUUCAUUACUCAGAUGAUGACUUUGGCUCAAGUUGUCAAAACAUCAGUCCUUCUCAGGACUACACUCACCUGGAUAAUCAGACCAAACUAUUACAUGUUGCGCCUUAGGUUCAAACCAUUUAUUGGAUUAAAUAUUAGUUGGGGAAAAAACAAAAUGUAAAAUUCUGAAACAUGUAUUUUUUUUGUUGGCAGGUUGUCUCCAAUGGAGCCAGGACUCCACAGAAAGAUGCAAACAUUGUCUCUAAAGCAAUGGAGUAUAUAUUUGGGUGGUGAAUGAAAGGAUCUAAAAUUCAGCAUAGAUAUUAUCUAUUUCAAAAUUAUUUCAGAAUUUGCCAUGCAUGUGAAACUAGGUAACAGAUGUGAUACUAUUGUUAAAGGAAGCCAAACUAAUUUUUAGAGCUUAAAAAGGAGUUUGAAAUAUAAAGAUCCCAAGAAUACAGAACAAAUUAAUGCCUUGAUGAGGUCUGAGGACAUUCUUUUGAACAACAGUAAAAAGAGUACCAACAGAAAGGGUAAGUUUUUGAUCUGGACUGGCAUGUGGUGUAGAUAAAUGGUAAAUAAGUAGAUGAACACAAGUCCAGAGGAUCCUGGAACAAACCUUUCCUGUGUAAGCAUCAAUGUUUAUUCUGCAAUGUUUUUAAGAAUACUGACAUUAAUAAAGUCAAUUAGUCACAUAUUCAGAUAAAUGAUAAUAAACUUUUUUUUUGUCAUGAUGAAUUUCCAACUUUCUGUGAUGACCUUGGCACUAUGAGAAGAGGUUUUUUUUUGGAAAUAGCAGCAAAUAAAAUAUUUUUCACAAAGCCUAUAAUGCAGUCUCUUUCCUUUGUUUUUAUUGUAAAUAAAGCACAAAUGGACCCUAAAAUGAGUAUGUUGACAUGUCAGACCACAGACAGACCACACUGUGUCUGAAAGUUGCAUAUUAACGUUACAUCUCAGUCUGAAUAUCUCAACAAAGCUAGAUGAAAUGUUAAUCAACACAUUUGUGGUAUUUUUUUGCCCUUAUGGGCUGAUUGGAGCUUCUUUUUAUGAAAUUACUCCAUACUGUUCUCCAUGAAUUUCCUAAGGUGCUGAGGAGGAGAAUUUGUUUAACAAUCCACAGCUUCUUCAUUUGGUGAUCUUUUCCUCAAUUCUUGUGAUAUUAAUGCUUUAUUCAGGAAGCAGAAAUAAGAUGCCAGUCACUCUUAGGAGUUAAAGGUUUAAUAGCACUAUUUCAUUGCUAAUACUUAGAUGACAAAAAAAUUAAAAGAAUAUUGAAGUUUUCCUGUAAAAUUGCCAAAAUUGGUUAGCAUUUUUACAAUUUUAUAGAAAUGUACAAGUAAAACUGAAACAAGAUGACUUAUUAAAAAAAAUUAGUGCUUCUAGAAAUAAUUCUCAGUCAUGGAAAUUGGGGAAUGAUGGUCAUUUCUCAACAAUGAAGUACAUUUGACUUCCAAUGACUCAAAUCUUCAAAGAGAAAAUGAAAAGGUUCCCAUUUUAGUUAUUGUUGGAAAGUGUGGAAAUUUAUAUUGCAAGAAGAGAAGGCAAUGAAGUAAAAAGGGAAUAUUGGCAAGAAAUAUUCAAGCUCCAAUUAACUUUACAAAGAUGUACUUUUGCUCUACAGUGUAAUAAAACCCUAAACUAGUAAUACCUGGCCUAGACUUAACACAUAUUAUGCAAUGCAAAAAAAAUGUAGAGGAAUACAUGGUCCUUGUAAGAAUUGUUAAAGCAUGCCACUAACAACAUUAAAUUUGAAUCUUCUGUUUGUAAUUUUGGACUCUUCAAAAAACAUUAUGGGGAGAUACAACUUUAUGUUUUGAUUUAAAGUAUUGCUCAUAUACUUAAUGUGAAUUUAAAAUUUUUUGGGCUCUUACUAUCAGACUAUCAAAUGUGUAAUACGUUUGAAUUUUGAAUUGUAAAUGCAGAUCUUAACAUUGUUGCAUAAAUCAGUUUCAUGUAUCUGGCAAAAGUAAGAGAUUUCUGUUAGAGAAGAGUCAUACUGCAGCUUCAAAGGACAGGUACAAAUAGUACACUUCCACAGACACAGAAUAGAGUAAAAUUUUGUAUUGUCAUCUCAACAGAUAAUAGAACUGAAAUUUUAAAUAAUCAAGAUUUAAGUGAAAAAAAAAUCCCUUUAAAUUUACAAAUAUAUGUGUAGCAGUAGAAUGUUUACAUCUCAUUGGAUUGCUGAACAACAUAUGACAUAGG